CAGGCCUAGGUAGUGAACGGUACCUCGACGUGAAAAGGGGGCGUGGUUUCGAAGUUUUGAGCUCACCAUGUAAUGUUUCCACCAUGGUUCCUACGUACGGCGCGGCGCGGGUGGAAGAAAAGCUGAGAGAGGGGAGAUAGUCGAUGGGACGCGUCACUGCGCGCGUCAUCUCGGGAAGUAUUCCGCGGUGAGACAGAUCGUUCCGUUUCGCUUUACCCUCCAAAAAUCUCUCUCUCUCUCUCUCUCUCUCGUUCUUUUUCGAUUCGCGUAGCAAAAAGCGCGUCAAACGCGGAACGAGGUCGAUUUGAGCGCCCCGAGAGCCGGUUGUCAAGAGUUAUGACAGUGCGCGAUUCGCUAGACGACGCACGAGUGUCGAUAGAAAGGAAGAGUUAUCAAUGUUACGAGGAACGGUCUCGAUAAACAGUGACGUAUUCAGGACGACUGGUGAAGUGACUGUGACUUGGCGUGGUCGUUAUCAUCCGCGAGUGCUCCGCGUAAGAUCGAGUCUGUCGUGAUUGAGGACGAUGCAAUCGUCCGAUCGCGGUUUGAUUUUCCCGUUCGCUUCCCGACGGAGGACGGAAUCCCGUCUCGAGAAUCGAGAACCAAGUUGCCUUCCUGGCACGGAUGGUUCGCGCAGUUGACGCGUUCGUCGGCGCGAAGAGUCGAAGAAGAGGAGGUUAUACAGGUCGUUGGAGCGGACUAGAGCGAGCCGGAGCGGAGCGUGAAUGCGUUUCAAGGGGCGAGCACGUUACCGUCGUCGCCGUCGUGGUCGUCGUCGUCGCCGUCGCCGGCCGCCGUGCCGAGGGAACGAUAGUAGCGAUGCUCGAUCAGUAGGGCGGGUCGCGUGACUCGACGUGGGCGAAGACCCGACUCUCUCGUGAUGCGUCCACACGAGGGUGCCCGGUCGAGGCGAGAAAUAGCGGAAAGGAAGCGGGGCAGAAGGGCAGAGGACACACCGGCACGCUAAACGCCGGCUAACCGUCGCCGCGGUGUGGCCUAUAAAGCCCUCGCUCGUUUUUUUGGAAAAUGAACUCCAUGCUAUAUACUCUCUACGGGUUCGCGAUAUUUUUCAUGAUAUUCUGGCUAGGUAUGUGGGUGGUGCACGUUCUGGCGUUGAUCGCCGGCCGUUGGAAGCUGCACCGGAAGACGAAUCAGGCGCCGAGUUACGAGACGCCGUUGCCGGGGGUGUCGGUGAUAAAGCCCCUGAUGGGGGUCGACCCGAAUCUUUUCGGCAACCUCGAGACCUUCUUCACCAUGGAGUAUCCCCGAUACGAGCUCCUGUUCUGCGUCGAGGACGACUCCGAUCCCGUGCUGAUGCUGGUACGCAAGCUCAUCGAGAAGUAUCCGGAGGUCGAGGCCACGCUCUUCGUCGGCGGUUGCAAGGUCGGAGUGAAUCCAAAGAUCAACAAUAUGCAGCCGGCGUACGAGACCGCCAAGUACGAGCUUGUUCUGAUCAGCGACAGUGGCAUACGGAUGAAGGAGGACACUCUGUUGGACAUGGUUCAUCAUAUGACAGACAGGGUGGCUCUGGUACAUCAGAUGCCGUUCACCUGCGACCGCGAGGGUUUCGCCGCCGCGUACGAAAAGAUCUUCUUCGGUACGGUGCAGUCGCGGAUGUACCUGGCCGCAGAUAUGCUCAGGAUAAACUGUCACACCGGCAUGUCGGCUCUCCUGAGAAAAUCCACGUUGGACGAGGUCGGUGGUCUGAAAGCGUUCGGCAUCUAUCUCGCGGAGGACUUUUUUUACGCGAAAUCACUGACCGACCAUGGCUGGCGCAUCACCAUCUCCUCGCAGCCGGCCUUACAAAACAGCGGCCACUGCGCGGUCGAUUCCUUCCAGGCGCGACUACGACGGUGGGCCAAGCUGAGGGUGGCGAUGUUGCCUACCACCAUUGUUUUCGAACCGCUGAGCGAGUGCCUCGUUCUGGGCGGAUUUGCUUCCUGGGCGGCCAGCGUCCUCUUCGAAUGGGAUUCUCUAGUUUUCUAUCUCGUGCACAUACUUUUGUGGUUUAUGUUCGACUGGACGCUACUGUGCGUAGUGCAGAACGGUCCGCUGCCUUUCAACAAACUUGAGUUUGUGUGCGGUUGGUUACUCAGCGAGAUCACGAGACCGUAUCUUUUUCUUCAGGCUGUCCUGGAUCCUCUCAUACAGUGGCGUUCACGUGUUUACAAGCUCAAAUGGGGCGGCGUCGCGGAGGAAAUUAAAGCAAAAGUCAAAUAUUAAAAAUUCAUGAGUAAAUGCGUGUGUGUGCGUGUGCGUGUGUGUGC